AGAGAGAGAGAGAGGACAACUGAAAGAGGAGGAGAAGAAAGUGAGACAGAGAAAGAGUAAUCUCCCUCCAUCCUUCUUCCAUGCCAGAGCAGAGAUACAAACAGCAUCACCGCAGCACCCAUCUCUCUCCUCUCUCUCUCUCUCUCUUUCUCACUCACAUACACACAUAUAUACACACACUCCUUUCCCGCUCUCCCUCUCUCUCUCUCUCUCUCUCUCUCUCUCUCUCUCUCUCUCUCUCUCUCUCUCUCUCUCUCUCGACCAGUCCAGCAUUGGUGUUGAUCGCAGAUCUGCAGGCACUGAGGCGAUGGCUGAAGUGGUAGGUCUCCUCUCCACACCCCAUAAUGUCCAAAUCAGUGAGGUGACCUGUGACUCGUUCCGUGUCGCCUGGGAGAUGACCCCGGAGGAUGCGGGACGAGUGACGCAUUACUUCAUCGACCUGAGCCGCAAAGCCGGAGGAGAGAGGAACCGCUUCAAACACAGAGAUGUUCCCACUAAGCUGGUGGCUAAGGCAGUGCCUCUACCAAUGGCAGUGAGAGGACACUGGUUCCUGAGCCCUCGUACCGAGUACUGCGUGGCCGUACAGACCGCCAUCCGCCAGCCGGACGGAGACUACCAGGUGUCUGAGUGGAGUCAGGUGGUGGAGUUCUGCACUGGGGAUUAUGCUGUAGAUCAUCUGCAGCAGCUCCUGGAUAAAGCUCGAGGUGUAGCUGGAAGGCUGCUGCGCUUCUCUGUGUUUUAUCGCAAUCAGCAUCCUGAAUACUUCCAAUAUGUCAGAACGGAAUGUGAAGGUUUAAUGCCCACAUCUCUGAAAGACAACAGCGGUAGCCACGGCUCGCCCAUCAAUGAAAAGCUCCGUGGCGUCUUCCUGAGCUGCAACACCGAGUUCGACACGGGCCUCCCUCCUAAAGACUCCCCCUACGGCCCCCUUCGCUUCCAGAUCUCCGCCGCACUCCUCCUGAAGCCCGAGACGCACCUCUACUUCGCCGACUUCUACUGCAUGUACACAGCGUAUCACUACGUCGUCCUGGUUAUGGCACCUGUCGGCUCGGAGGGCGACCACUUCUGCAACGGCCGUCUCCCCCGUCUGGACCUGGCAUCCAACCCUUUCCUGACAUACACCCCUAUGGAGGAACCGAUGUUCUGUCACGCCAGUGACGUCAUCCUGGAGGUCCUGUAUACAGAAGCGCUGCCUUUGGAGCACGGCACGGUGGAGCAGAUCAGCGGCCAUCACCAGCUCAUGAGCCUCUCCACAGCCAAUGCAAAGAAGGACCCGAGCUGCAAGGUGUGUAACAUCAGCGUCGGACGCUGAGAGAUAGCGUCCGGACCGAACUCCUGCAUCAUUUUCGGCGCAACAUUCUGCAUUUAGAAUUGCGCCAGAGCAACAUGUUGUAGAGGAGGAAGUGGAGAGUCUUAGCAGUGUUAGUUCCUGAUGGAAAAACUCGCACGUCCUCUUUAUUUAAUGAUUUCAGGAUCAUCAGGCCAAAUGAUCUUAGCAUUGAUAUGAAGCCAUAAAAUGCACAUAUACUGCCAAAUCAGUAAAAGGAAUCCGCUACAUACUAUUGUUAUCUAAACACAGCUGAAAAAGUUUGAACCUUCUUGACAUGAGUUUUUCUCUAAAGUGCUCAGCAUGUUUGAGUUCUAAGAUAUAUAUAUAUAAAAAAAUUGUUUAUCUUAAUAUAUUCAUAAUGGCUCUAUAUUAUUAAUUAUUUGUCAUUUUCUUCUUCAUGGAUUUGUACCCUCUAUUGUUUCCCCCAACUUUUCUUUAAAUGAUUGCAAUCCUGAAAUAAUAUCUGUUUUAAAAAAAUAUAUAUUUUUGUUUCUUUUGAAACUUUUAACUCUCAGCUUCAAAUUGUUGUCAAUUCAGGACACACGCAUAUUUUAUUCAAUUUUC